CCUUUAAAUCUGACCUUACUUCACAAAACAGCCUGACCGAGACUGACGAGCGUCUACAUCCUCACUGACAGCCACUGUGGGUGUUUCCCUGCAGCUCAUCUCAAACAGCAUGGACAGCAGCGGGAGGAAAGUGGUCGUCUGUGACAAUGGGACGGGGUUUGUCAAGUGUGGUUUUGCUGGCUCCAAUUUUCCCGAUCACAUCUUCCCAGCCCUGGUGGGACGUCCCAUCAUUCGGUCAGACGCAAAAGUUGGGAAUAUAGAGAUCAAGGAUCUGAUGGUUGGUGACGAGGCGAGCGAGUGCCGCUCCAUGCUGGAGGUCUCGUACCCCAUGGAGAACGGGAUAGUCCGCUGCUGGGAGGACAUGCUGCACCUGUGGGAUCACACCUUCGGCCCGCAGCGGCUCAACAUCAGCCCUCCCGACUGUAAGGUCCUGCUGACGGAGCCGCCCCUGAACCCGCUGAAGAACCGGCAGAAGAUCGCCGAGGUCAUGUUUGAGACCUACAAGUUCCACGGCAUCUACAUGGCCAUUCAGGCCGUGCUGACCCUCUACGCUCAGGGUUUGUUGACCGGCGCGGUGAUCGACUCUGGAGAUGGUGUGACUCACAUCUGUCCCGUUUACGAGGGCUUCUCUCUCCCUCAUCUCACACGCCGUCUAGACAUCGCAGGACGCGACAUCACACGCUAUCUGAUAAAGCUUUUGCUUCUGCGAGGCUAUGCCUUCAACCACACGGCGGACUUCGAGACGGUGCGGAUGAUGAAGGAGAAACUGUGUUUUGUUGGCUACAACAUUGAGCAGGAACAGAAGCUGGCCAACGAGACCACAGUCCUGGUGGAGUCCUACACGUUACCAGACGGGCGGACGAUAAUGGUUGGAGGUGAGAGGUUUGGAGCACCAGAGGCUCUUUUCCAGCCUCAUCUCAUUAACGUGGAGGGUGUUGGUGUGGCCGAGCUGCUCUUCAACACCAUCCAGGCAGCAGACAUCGACAUCAGGUCAGAUUUAUACAAGCACAUUGUCCUGUCUGGAGGAAGCACCAUGUACCCGGGACUUCCUUCCCGUCUGGAGCGUGAGAUCAAGCAGCUGUACCUGGAGCGAGUGCUGAAGGGAGACACUGAGAAGCUUUCUAAAUUCAAGAUCCGAAUCGAAGACCCUCCGCUGCGCAAACACAUGGUGUUCAUGGGAGGAGCGGUGCUGGCCAACAUCAUGAAAGACAAGGAGUCCUUCUGGCUCUCGCGAGCCGAGUACGAGGAGAAAGGCCUGAAGGUGCUGGACAAACUGGGAGCAGCGCAGAGAUGAGAGCCUUCAUCCACUUCACAUUCACAUCUACUGCACAUCAUACACAUCUGACGCAUGGCUAAAGGAUCAUUACAGGCUUUAAAGUAGAGCUCAGUGACUCAAACACUGUCUAGCGAUCAGAUAAAUGAUCAGAUAAAUACUCAAACACAUAAAGGUCAUAGUUAGGCCUAUUAUAGUGAACUGGAAAUAAAACCACAAAACUUUUUUCAUGUCUUGGAUUAAAAUAAACUCUAAAUGAAAAAAAUAAAAAUAAAAA